AUGCUGGCAUCGAAGACAUAUACGGGCAACAUGGGGUUGCCAACGUCGCAGACCCCGACAGCAUCUUAUCAUACCGCGUCACAGAAGCCCUCCACAUUUUUGGAACCCCAGUCAGCUACUCUUUACACCAGUCCAACAAAGUCGGAGUUCUCCGAAGUUGACGAUGGGCUCGAUGCUGUGAGGUCCUGGGACGAGAAACAAGUCAUCGCGUGGCUUCAUACCAUCAACUGCCAACAAUAUGAACCGUUAUUUAAAGCGAAUAACUUUAAUGGCAACAAUUUAAUCGAAUGCGACCAGAGGAUUUUGCAAGAAAUGGGCAUCAAGAAGAUUGGCGAUCGGGUGCGCAUCUUCGUUGCUAUAAAACAGCUCAGGAACAAGUCGGUAGUAAACCGAAAACAAAAGAACUUGAGACAAUUAGCGGCUUUGGAAGCGGCCAACCAGACAGCUUUUGACGCUGCUCGCUCGUUCAACGCACGUCAGCAAGCCUUGAGUAGCCGGCGAGCCGGUGACGCUGAAUAUGGAAGAACUUCUUCCCGCCCAGGGUCUCCUCUACGACCGUAUCGCUAUGUGGCCAGUCCCAUGGAUUCUGGGCGAAAAGACUAUUUCUCCAGCGGCUCGGGUUCAGGACGCAAUCCCUCAACCCCGUCUGAUCGAAACGGAACACAUCGACAGAAUCCCAGUCUCGACGGUAUGACAAUGGGCUCGUUGCUCAGUAACGCUCCCGUGAUUAGAGUGAUUUAUACCGGUGGUCAAACGAAAGUCUUGGACAUCAAGCAUUGCAAAACGCCUGACGAGAUUAUUCUCUGUGUUCUGAAGAAAUUACAGCUUCCUGAACACCAGUACCGCAACUACUGUUUCUAUGUGCUUGACGGCCUAGAGCCAAACCCUUCAAACAGUCGGAGACUAUCUGACAGUGAGCUGAUGGAAAUAUGCGAAAACUACCAUAGAUCAGAAAGGGGCCGACUCAUUCUCCGGAAAAUCCAUGCUGGAGAACCAGAUGCUGAUGAGAUUCAUCGGGCAUCGCAGCUAGCGCUGGACGAGAGCCAAGUGGCGCAUAUGAACGCGCUAAGCAGCUCGAACGUGCGAAACCAAAUGAAGAUACAACAAUUAACAGGGGAAUCUUGGCAUAAUAUUAGACAACCCAUGUCACCUGUUUCCUCUCGCCACAAUACGACACCCAGUGAUCACGAUAUUCGACCUGGUCAAGUCAAUGAGCGAGUUUCCAAGCUGCGAUCAUUCUUCGGUGCUCGGCCGCCUAGCGAGAUGAUUAUUCACGAAAUUUCGUCCUACUUCCCGGGUCACCAGAGGGAAGAUAUUGAGAAGACGAUGCGCAUGUCCGUUCGCAGGUCGCAACGCCUGAGUAGAGCGGCCAGCCGGCUAAGUGUCGUCAGCAAUACAAGUUAUGCGUCCAGCUUGAGAGAUGCACCGCCCAUCCCUAGCAUUGCUGAUACUUGGCUGAAUAACGGUGCGCCGCCCACUCGAGCCGCACGACCCCUCUCCGUUACUUCAGCAAAAUCUGGCCUCCCUUCGACCUCGUAUAGAGACUCGAUCGCCUCCAGUUCUCUCCACCCGCUCCAGGAGGAGUCACCCAUUGAGCCGAACCGCAAGUCAUACGUGUCGUUUGAUAGUGGUUCUGAUGACCAAAAUACAUCACGUAACAGCCUACUCGAUGAGACCGCUAGUGUUGCCGCAACAGAUGGAGGCUCAUUCAAUGAACGUCUGAGUGUCCUCAUGGCCGAAGAUGGAGAAGAAGAAGACGAUGGGUUGACCGAAUUCUUGGCUGGGAACAAUUUCGUCAACUGGAUGAAGGGCUCACUGAUCGGCGAGGGUUCAUUUGGAAGUGUAUUCCUUGCGCUCCACUCAAUUACUGGUGAGCUCAUGGCUGUCAAGCAAGUUGAGAUCCCGUCGGCAACCAAGGGCACCGAAUUUGACAAGCGAAAGAACAACAUGGUCGACGCACUUAAGCAUGAAAUUGAUCUUCUCCAGGGUCUCCAUCACCCAAAUAUUGUCCAAUACCUGGGAACUACCGCCGACGACCAAUACCUGAAUAUUUUCUUGGAGUAUGUUCCCGGUGGUUCCAUUGCGACAAUGCUCAAGCAGUACAACACUUUCCAAGAACCUUUGAUAAAGAAUUUCGUGCGGCAAAUCCUUGCGGGCCUGUCCUAUCUCCAUAGCAAGGACAUCAUCCACCGUGACAUCAAGGGUGCCAAUGUUCUCGUUGAUAACAAAGGUGGCAUCAAAAUAUCUGAUUUUGGUAUUUCCAAACGAGUCGAAGCGUCAACUGUACUUGGAACUCGAGCGAGUAAUGGUGGAGGCCAUAUUCAUCGGCCCUCGAUGCAGGGCAGUGUUUAUUGGAUGGCGCCCGAGGUUGUCCGUCAGACGGCCCAUACAAAGAAGGCUGACAUUUGGAGUUUGGGAUGUCUUGUGAUUGAGAUGUUCAUCGGAUCGCAUCCGUUCCCAGAUUGCAGCCAGCUUCAAGCCAUCUUUGCAAUUGGAAGUAACAAGGCCCGGCCGCCUGCCCCCGAAAGCGCCAGCAAGGACGCCGUUGGCUUCUUGGACAUGACUUUCCAACUUGAUCACGAGCAGAGACCUGACGCAGAUGAAUUGCUCAAGUCUCCUUUCCUUGCUACGCAACUAAACUAA